AUGAGUCAUACAGAGGUAAAAUUAAAAGUACCUUUUGGAAAUAAAUUGCUAGAUGCUGUUUGUUUGGUACCUAACAAGAACUUAACAUAUGGAGUCAUUCUUACACAUGGAGCAUCAGGAGAUAUGAAUCUCCCUCAUUUGACGUCACUGGCAUCCCAUCUUGCCUCUCAUGGGUUUUUUUGCCUGAGAUUUACCUGUAAAGGCCUUAAUAUUGUACAUAGAAUUAAGGCAUAUAAAUCAGUUUUGAAUUACUUAAAGACCUCAGGAGAAUACAAACUUGCAGGUGUUUUCCUUGGAGGUCGUUCAAUGGGCUCAAGAGCAGCUGCUUCUGUUCUGUGUCAUAUUGAGCCUGAUGAUGCUGAUGAUUUUGUUCGAGGUCUCAUUUGUAUUUCCUAUCCACUGCACCAUCCAAAACAGCAGCAUAAACUUAGAGAUGAAGAUCUCUUUCGUAUAAAAGAUCCUGUACUGUUUGUGUCAGGCUCAGCAGAUGAAAUGUGUGAAAAGAACUUGUUGGAGAAAGUGGCACAGAAAAUGCAAGCUCCUCAUAAAAUCCACUGGAUUGAGAAGGCAAAUCAUUCCAUGGCAGUGAAAGGACGGUCAACAAAUGAUGUUUUCAAAGAAAUAAAUACACAGAUUUUGUUUUGGAUCAAGGAAAUCACUGAAACGGACAAGAAAUAA